UCUUCUAUUUCUGUUACUACAAGAGAGAACCCGAACGCUGGCAAACCUAUUAUAGAGAAUACAAAACCAAAAUUUGAAGACCCUGAAAAAGAUGAUAUCAUAGAAGACUUGGAGCUUGUGGACACAUCCUCUACACCAGUGACACGUGACGAGAUUACAUUCGAAGCGAUGAGUCCCAACAUACUCGCUAACGGCAAAUGGCCGAACGGAAAUAGGCUGUCAAUGAGUCCGAAUGGCAUUGUACCAAGCGGCAUGACAAAUGGUUCCGUGCGCAGAGACUCCGGUAUAGACAUGUCCGAAAGGUCAAGUGAAAGACCUAUGCCUAGAAUAGGAAUAAACGCUGCAAAGGAGUCGAUGGUGAUUUUCAACGGCGAUGAAAAAGUGAUAUCUGGGAAUGACACCAGAAUAGUUCCGAAUGAGAAUCCGAAUGCACGGACAUUACGAAUGGAUAACUCAAUGGCCGGAGAAGGGCCGCUAACUCUGCAAGGACUUGAUAAUGAAGAAUAUGAUGAGUUAGGGGAAUUGACUCAUAGAGAAAGCAUGCCCUAUCCAUCAUUGCCAAGAGAAAAAUCUAACCUGAUGCCACCAAUUGAAACAACAGACCCUGAAAAAGAAAAGGAGGAAAUGUAAAUCAUUAUAAAUAAUGUAAAUACAAUUAUUGUUUGUAAAUAAAGAUCGGCAUUUUGCUUUUUACAAUACUUUUCUGGCUACUACUAGUAAUAAGUUUUUUUUCUUAUGUUUUUGUUCAAGUAAUAUGUAAAUUAGCUAUAUUUUAUAAGUACAUGUUAUAAGUAGAAAUGUGUCCUUAUCUACGUAGAAAUAUAUACGGAUAUGUGUUAUAAGUACAUAUAUGUUUAUAAAAUGAAUGGAUAGAGUGUUUUAAACUUUAAAAGCUUAUGUAUAAUAUAUUAUUGUAAAUAUGUUUAGAAUACAUUUAGUUAAGUUGUUAGCAAAAUACGACAGGAACUGGAUGACGUGUCUAGUUCAAGUUAACCCUAAACCUACCGAAUUAGUGUUAUGAAUUUGCCCAUCUUUUAAACAAUCCAUUUGGCCUGGCUUCAUACUGGUGCAAAGACAAAUUAAUUUCAUAACAACGCACGCACGUACGCGCGCACACACAUUAACAACAACAAUAACAGCAUUACAGCUGUACAAAAAAAUGAAACAGCAAGCGCAGGGUUUUUAUAUGUUUGGACAUUUGUCUUUAAAAGGUCAACACAAAACUUGUAAGUCAGGGAAUGAAAUAGGUAUACCUUCAAAGAUCACGUUGAAAACCAGAAAUAUUAGAAAAUGUUGUUUUCUUUGUAAACUUGUUUUACAUGUAUAAUAGAACAUAAAUUUUAUGACAGUUUGAUUAUUUAUUAGUUGAUAAAUAAAAAUAUUUAUUAACAGU